AGUUAAUCGAUGGAUAUCUAAAAAUAACUGUAUAUGUUUAUAUUGACAACGUACGAUGUUUGUAAAUAUUCUAGUAUAUUGAUUUUUCGUACGAAUCUUGAAUGAUAUUUGUCAGGUCCUGGUGAAGUAUAGAACAAAAUGUCUUCAACUAAAUUCAGACUUGCACAAUUAUACAAUUCUUGUGAUUGUGAAAAGAAGAAAAAACAUGAGUUACAUUACAUUACCUUUGACGAAACAUUUACAAGACUACAAGAAGUUACAGAUGAAGUCCUUAAAUAUUUCGACAACAAAGGAGAAGUACUGCAGUUUAUUAUUGGUCACAUUCCCGUAAAGUCAAAUGAGGAUAGUACCUUUACUUUCACGGACAGAAAAACAUGGCAAAAGAAGGAACUGAAAGACCGGAAGAGAUUCUGGGAGGAGAAAGGAUAUGACCAAAUGGUAGUGAUUGGCUGUGUAGAAGAAGACCUGAUUCGUGACGACGCUAUUGAUGCCAUGAAAGAUUCCGAGAUCUACGCUAUUGCCUUAGCACAAAGAUUGCUCAUGCACUAUAUUUAUAAUAAACCAGAAGAAAGAUUGUUCAACGACUCACUCCAGCUUAGCAGAACAUCUCUGGAGAAAACAGACGGAACUGUUCUUUAUAUUGCACUCAAGUUUAAAUCUAAACAAAAAAAAGAAAAAUCCAAGCCACGUCGCAAAUGGAAAUCUAGGAGUUCCAGUAGUAGCAGCAGUAGCAGCAGCAGCAGUAGUAGUAGUUCUGGCAGCAGUUCUGAUAAAUCAAGCAGCGACUCAAGUUCUGAUGAUGAAAGCGAUGGUUCAUCAGAUGGAUCAAGAGGAAGAUCAAGAAAGCCAAGGAAAGAGAAAUCGAAACACCAUCGCAAAGGUUCUGAUGAUGAAAAAGGUGGUUUAUCAGAUCGAUCAAAGAGUAGAUCAAAGAAGCCGAGCAAGAAAGAGAAAUCGAAAUAUCAUCGCAAAUAUUCCGAUGAUGAAAGCGGUGGUUUAGCAGAUAGAUCAAUGAGUAGAUCAAGGAAACCAAGGAAAGAAAAAUCAAAACAUCCUCGAAAAUGUUCCGAUGAAGAAAGCGGUGGUUUGUCAGAUAGAUCAAUGAGUAGAUCAGGGAAGCCAAGCAGGAAAGAGAAAUCAAAACACCACCGAAAAGGUUCUGAUGAUGAAAGUGGUGAUCAAUCAGAUGGAUCUAGAAGUAGAAAACCAAGGAAGUAUUAGAUAAGAAAUGUAGACGUCGUAGUUGCUUUAAAAAUGAACUCCGUAGAAUAAUAUAUUUCGAAGUGGAUUUUAUAUUCAGUCGUACCAUAAGUGAUUUGACAUUAGAUACUCAAACCUUUCGACCGUGUAUUAGUUGAGUUAAAGAAUUGUAACUGAUAUCA